CUUGUGUCUCUAAGAGGAUUGAAGAAAAAAAAAAAUACUCCGUUUUUAGUCUUGCUUGCUCACUUCGCUGAUGCCUCGUCAGACCAACCCACCGCCUCGCAGCCUCACCGUGUUCCUGUGCUGUCAGUGAAACCGAAAACCCGAGCGCAGGAUGAGCAUCGACUACAGCUCCUGGGAUCACAUCGACGUGUCAGACGAUGAAGAUGUCACCAGUCCGUACGUGGACACACCGAGCCUGUUCAGAAUGAGACACCGGGCCCGGCUGGAGAAAAUGGCUGAGUUUCAGCAAAGAGGCGAAGACCUGGAAAGUAACUUUUCAGAAUGCAAGAGGCUAUUACAAGAAGCCCUUGGUCGACUUAAAGAGCUGGAAGAUGGACGGCAGGAGGGAGAGGAAGAUGAGGAGAGAGAGGCUGAGCUGAAGAAAGUCCAGGCCGAGGUGAAAAAACUGAAAAAGGAUGAAAAGUUGUAUGCGAAACUGAUUGAGGAAUACCGACGAGAAGAAAAGAAACUACCCUGGAAUGUAGACACCAUCAGCAAAGAAGGUUUCAGCAAGAGUGUACUCAACAUCAAACCCGUAACAAAGGAGGAAGUGGAAGAGGAAAAGGUGGAGAAGCACAAGACCUUUGUGGAGAAAUAUGCAAAGGAAAUCAAACACUUUGGUAUGUUGCGACGCUGGGACGACAGUCAAAAGUAUCUAUCGGACAACCCGCAUCUGGUGUGCGAAGAGACGGCUAAUUGUCUUGUUGUCAUCUGUAUUGACUUUGAGAUCGAUGAGAAACACGCCCUCAUGGAGCAGGUAGCUCAUCAAGCCAUCGUCAUGCAGUUCAUCUUGGAUUUGGCUCGGACACUCAAGGUUGACGCAAGAGGCUGCUUCAGACAAUUCUUCUCAAAGAUCAGGACGGCAGAGAAACCAUACCAGGAUGCAUUCGACCAUGAGCUGGAGUUGCUGAAGGAGCGGGUGCGCAGCUGCGCACAGCUUCGUAUGGAGAACGCUAUGAAGGAGCUGGAGGAAGAGGAGAAGCAGAAGAGACUGGGCCCUGGAGGUUUAGACCCUGUAGAAGUCUAUCAGUCACUACCAAAGGAAAUACAGAGGAGCUUUGAUGAGAAGAACAUUCAGAUGCUGCAGGAAGCUAUGAACAAGCUGGACGUUGAGGAAGGAAAAUACCACCUGAGGAGGUGUAUUGACUCUGGACUGUGGGUCCCUGAUUCAGGAGAGGGUUAUGAUGAUGAAGAGGAUGAAGACUGUGAUAAUGAAGAGGAUGAGGAAGAAGAUUAGAAAAUAGAAUUGACCAGCAAGUUCUCUCAUUUUCAAUUAUUCAAACAAGUAAACAAAACAAGUGCAGAAGAAAGUAUUAUUUAUGUGGCAAUUUCUAUUUCUAUUAUAGGCUGAUCUCAACUGUAGAUUUAUUCCUCUUCCUAAUUUCAAUGAUAACACAGUAUAUAUUUAUAAUUUGUAAAGUUGUAGAAAGUCUUAUUUCUCUGUACGCCUCUGACAGCAGUUCAAAAGAUCUGUUGAUGACAAAACACCUCCACCCUAACUGACCUUAUGACGGGGACAAACUAGAUGAGAAACAGUUGAUAGGUUCUCUGUGGCAUUGGAUUUAAUGCUGACUAAUGCCACAGUCAUGUGUAUGAAACACUUAUUUAAAUGUCACUUGCAGGUAUUAAUAAAAAGUUUGGUUUCCUGUCACA